AUGGCUACUGUUACUGACUCGGCAGACAGUGUAUCUUCCCAGUUCUUGGGACACAUCAUUGGGAAACCAGUGCACGUGAAACUGCAUUCCGGGAUGCUGUACAGCGGGACAUUGGAGUCCAUCGACGGGUUCAUGAACGUCGCUCUGUCAUCGACCACGGAGCACUACGAGAAUAAGGAGAACGGCUUGCUGCAUAGGUACCAAUCUGACGUGUUCCUAAGGGGCACACAGGUUUUGUACAUAAGCGAAGUGUAA